AUGCGAUGGAAAUAUCAUGCUGCAUGGCUCCUGGCCUCCAUAGGGCUUGCAGACAGCUGCACUUCAGCUUAUAGACCAGUGACCUACGCAGACUCGACUGGAUCUGGUAUUACUGUCAACGAAAAUCAUGUGUUCAAGCUUAGCUCCGACGGCACCACACCCUCUGUCAUCAUUCUGGACUAUGGGAAGGAUGUGGAAGGACACCCUACCUUCAAUGUUACUCGGAGAUCCGGAAACACGUCUGUCUUUGAGAUGAGCUAUAGCGAAACUCGUACUAUGUUGGAUUCUCAUAUGAGUGAUGGACCUCUCUCGCUGGCAGCUGCUAUGGAUACCUACCGGGUUAAUCGGUACGAUAUCGCCAACCAAUCGUCUUACACCAAUAGAUUAGUUCAAGGCGGCCUACGUUAUCAGAAACUCAACCUAUCCAGCGCUGGAGAGCUCGAGCUGUCCGGUGUCGGAAUCAAGCCUUCUUUGUCCCACACUUCUCUUGCCACUGCUCCGGGAUCUUUCAAUUGCUCCGACCCUGUGCUCAACAACAUCUGGAAUACUGGUGCUCGUACCAUCCAGCUCAACGAACUACCAGCACAAAGUGUGCCCAACUUCUGGGUCAUCACCGACCAGGGAGCUUUCGUCGACAGUCUCGCUCCUCAACCGUUUGCAGCAGAUUACGCAACUAUGCUGACUUCCUACGAUCUUGAAUUCUCUGUAAAGCCAAUUUCAAAUGGAUUCGGGUUUACCGUUCUUAGUGACACUCUUGGGGAGGGCAUCUAUAUCUUCGUCAACGUCGCCAACUCGUCCAUCUCUGCGCACGCUGGUUCAUCGGAGCUUGGGACCGCACCGCUCGCCUUUGCGCCCUUGCCGCCAUCCGUCGAACUCAGCAAGUGGCAUACUGUUCGUAGCAUGGUGAAUUCUACUCAGGUUUCGAUUCAGAUUGAUGGCUCCUCGGUGCUACGCUUCUCACAGACUUCGGUCUUCUUUGGCUCUUUUGGCCUGGGUGCAUCUUGGGGUCACUCGGCAUUAUUCACUAACGUUUCCCUCGCCUCCUCUGGGAAACAAAUGUAUUCCUCUUCCUUGACCAACAAAUCCGCUCUGCAAGAUUUCCUGCUUGGAACAAAUCCUCUACCUGUCAGCGUUGACGGCUCCAGACGUGAUCGUAUCGCCUACGCAGGAGAUCUCGAUAUCGCUGCCAGCAGUGCUUUUGCAAGUACUGGUGGGCUUGAAUUCAUCAACGGCUCUAUCACGCUCUUGGGAUCCUUUCAAAUGCCUCCCGGAUUCUUUGUGCCAAAUGUCAAAAUCCAGCAGGCUCCCCGUGCCUCAGGACCGCAGGCGAACAUCACUGGCUUAAUUGGCUAUUCCUUCAGUCUUGUCGGCGCUAUGGCGCACUACUACGAGCAAACGGGAGAUACCGAGUUUUUAGACCGUUGGACACCCAGUGCUAUCCGGAUGCUCGACUGGGCUCACUCGCAGACACUUUCAAAUGGGCUGUUCAACAUUUCGAAUCCGACUAUGGGAGGUGACUGGAACUAUUACGAUCCUUCUCUAAGUGGUGUGGUCUCCAAGUUCAAUCUCAUUUACGCGUAUUCCUUGAAACAAUGGCUUCCGCUCAUGGCCGAUGCGGGGCGGAAUACAACCUUGUAUGCGCAGCGACUGCAGCAUCUCCAAGACGCAAUCAACGAGCACCUCUGGAGCAACGAUCUCCAAGCCUAUUACCUUUCCGAUACCUACAAAGACUCCCUCUCCCAAGAGGCCAACGCCCUCGCCAUCCUCAGCGAUACUACCAGCAGUCACGGCGCAAGCACCAUUCUUUCUACUCUAGCGCGCGAGCUAUACGUGCCAUCCGGAGCCCUGCCAUUCUCCAACGCCAGCGCAGCACAUGGCUGGGCACGCAAGAUUAGCCCAUACGCUUCCGGCUAUCAUCUAAAGGCUGCUUUCCACGCCAACGAUAGCAACACAGCCCGGCAUCUCCUUCACACAGUCUGGGGACCCAUGAGUGACCCGAACCGCGCCAACUAUACAGGAUGUAUGUGGGAGACGUUGGAUAUUGACGGGACUCCUGGACUUGGUGAUUCCACUUCAUUGUGCCAUGCUUGGAGCUCCGGGCCCACGGCUGACUUGAGUCGGUAUGUUCUUGGUAUUCAGCCGGUGAGCCCUGGUUUUGGAGAAUGGAAAGUUCAGCCUCAAACUCUUGGCCUCGAUUGGGCAAAGGGGGAGUAUCCCGUUCCUCAGGGCAAGAUCAAGGCGCAUUGGCGGUUUGAUGGUAGUGACUUGCUGCAUAUGGAUGUGACUGCUCCGGAGGGGACGAAUGGAACCGUCCACCUUCCCAGUUCGUUGCGGAAGGCCUUGAGCAAGUACAAGGCUUCUGGUCAUGACUUCGAACAGGAUGGUUCUUUUGUUAUGAAGGGCGGUCGUUUCACUUUUGAGCAAGUGGAAUAG